AUGUCGCCGAAAAAUAUUAUUAGUAGUUAUCAUUUGAAGAGGACUAAGAAUACAGAAGAGUAUAUUAAGCACUUGACGCAGUUAAGAAAGACAACUUUCGAGGUAACCAUCACUAAAUGGAUUUACAAGGCGGGCUUGUGGUUGGGACCCAGAGGUGGCAGCAUCAACUGGUUUGCUAAGAUCUGCGUUCUCUGCUUUUUCAUCACCAACGUGGCUCAGUUCAUAGCGCUGAUAAAGGAUAGACAUGAUCUUGAAAAACUUUUUGGUUGCUUCAGCAUCCUUUCGUUCUGCGUCAUGGGUUUUAUGAAAUUCUUAUCGUUGCAUACAAGGCGAGAUUGCUGGCGUUUCCUUCAUGCGAAAGCCUUCAGUCUCGAAGACGGGCAAUUAAAUGAGGACGAUGUUACUGUAAAUUAUGAAUCUGACGACGAUGACAUCAAUAGCUUAUACCCACAUAUCUCAUUGUAUACCAAAAGAUUAUUAUCAACCACAGACCUGCUUUCUAAAAUGUACGCUUUUACACUUGUAGUGUAUAUUUUGUCACCGUUUGUCGAGUAUGCGAUAUUUAGAAUACGCGGUGAGGUAGAUGUGUUUAAAGUGCAUGUCCUACCGAUUUGGUCACCGUUAGAUAACGUUAGUGUGUUCGGGUACUUGUUUACUUUGGUUGUUGAAAUCACAGCGUCUGUGUACUGUGUCGCUAUUCAUAUAGCCUUUGAUUCGUUCUCCACGGGAACUAUGAUAUUUGUAUGCGGACAGUUUUCGUUAUUACGAGAAUACAGUACACGAAUUGGUGGGAGUGGUAACAGAUUCGAUUUGGAUAUCAAAAGGGACGCGCGGGCGCAUUAUAGACUGCAAAAGUGUCAUUUCAUCCAUGUGACUUUGUUGAGUAUGGUAAAUAAACUAAAUGACCUGAUAAGAAAUAUAAUUGGAAUAUAUUUCUUCGUAGCUACAUUGACUCUUUGUUGUGUUGCUGUGCAACUGCAAUCAACGGAAUUAAGCGCUACACAACUAAUCUCACUGCUGCAGUAUAUGUGUGCGACUUUAACACAACUUCUACUUUACUGCCAUUACGGAGAUGCAGUUCAAAAUGAGAGUGCUGUAGUCGUAGGCGAUGGACCUUAUUAUUCAGCUUGGUGGUGUCUUAGCAGUAAAAUACGACGGGAAAUAGCUAUUCUGUGCCACGAAAUGUCUCGGAAUUGCAGGCUGUUCGCGGGACCGUUCAACGUACUAAAUCUACAAUCGUUUAUUCAGAUUAUCAAGACAGCGUAUAGUUAUUACACAGUGUUACGUCAGACAUCUUAA